AUGCUGCGUCAGGCACUUCGUAGAGUUGGUCACAAGUUGGUACACAAACGUCUGCUGGAACAAGAAGUGCUUGAGUUUCCAUUUGGAAGAAGAAUGAGCAGUUUGGAUUUAGUGGCCCUGGGUGUGGGCCGCACAGUGGGUGUUGGUGUGUACUUCCUGGCUAAUGAGGUAGCCAGUAAUCAAGCAGGACCAUCUACUGUGAUCUUCUUUUUGGUGGCAGGCCUGACUUCAUUGUUGGCUGGACUGUGCUAUGCGGAGUUUAGUGCCAGGGUUCCCUAUUCUGGCUCAGCAUAUCUCUACAGCUAUGUUACUGUAGGUGAACUCUGGGCUUUCAUCUCUGGUUGGAAUCUCAUCCUCUCCCUUGUUGAGGAUGCAUUCAUUGUGAUCCAGUCCUGGACAUUAAUUUUUGACAACUUGAUUGGGAACCGAGUUUCUGAUUCUCAGCAUGAGAGCAUCUCACAGCAUGUUCCCCAAGUCUUUGCAGACAAUCUAGGCUACUUUGCGGUGGUCUUUCUGUUGUUUCUCACAGAAAUUCAAAGUCUGAAUCAUAGUUGGUUCUUCAUAAUUUUCAAAGUGUUCACAUUGGUGAAAAUUUUGGUUCUCAGUUUUGUCAUCAUCUCUGGCUUCAUUAAAGGGGACCUGCACAACUGGAAGCUCACAGAGGAGGACUAUAUACAGGCUGGACUCAAUGGCACCUCUCAGUUGGGCCCUCUGGGCUCUGGAUGAUUCAUGCCUUUUGGCUUCCAGGGGAUUCUCCGUGGAUCAGCUACCUGUUUCUAUGCAUUUAUAGGUUUUGGCAUUAUUGUUACCAGAGUCAAAAAAUCACACAAUCCUGAGCGUUCCAUCCCCAGGGGCAUUGUAAUUUCACUGCUCAUCUGCAUUUUUGUGUAUUUUGGUGUCUCUGCAGCACUUACACUCAUGGUUCCUUACUACCAGCUUCGAUCUGGGAGCAGCUUGCCUGAAGCAUUUCUCCAUAUUGGCUGGGUCCCUGCCUACCUCACUGUAUCUUUUGCAAUUUUCUGUAGUAUUUUUGUAGGUAUCUACUGGGGCUUUAUUUUCCCCAUACAGUGGGUGAUACACAUGAUGGCAGAAGAUCGCCUCCUGUUCCCAGUGUUUUCUAAGAUCCUUACUGCCACAUAUGCCUCCAUCAUGUCCAUUAUGAUCUUUGUCAUUAUUGCAGCAAUUAUGGCAUUCUUCUUUGGAUUCACUGAUCUUGUGGAUCUCAGGUCAGUUGGCACUCUGGUAUCUUAUUCCCUGGUAGCUCUUUGUGUUCUCAUCAUCAGGUAUUGGCCUGAGAGGAAGAAUGAGGAAAAUGAAACACAGAUGCAGGAGACCACACCUGCCGCAGAGAAGCUAACUCUAAGGAGACUAUUUUUUCCAGGCAGCCCCACCCCCACUCCACUCUCUGGCCGGGUUGUCUAUGUUUGCUCCUCACUGCUUGCUCUGUUGCUGACUCUUCUCUGCCUGGUGCUGGCUCACUGGCCAGGUCUGCGUUCUGGAGACCCAAUACCAAUCACAGUGAUUGUGCUGCUUCUGGUGUUCAUCACUGGAAUCACUGGGGUCAUCUGGAGACAGCCACAGAGCUCCACUCCCCUUCCCUUUAAGGUCCCUUCUCUGCCUCUCCUCCCACUCCUGAGCAUCUUUGUGAAUGUUUGCCUUAUGAUGCAGAUGUCAGCUUCCACCUGGGCCCGGUAUGGUAUCUGGAUGUUGACUGGGUUUGUUAUCUACUUGAGCUAUGGGAUCCAGCACAGUUUUAAGGGCCCAAACUAUAGACCUUGA